AUGACUGGACUCCUAACAUUGCUUCCAACAGGCGGCAAGGGCGGCAAGGGCCUCGGCAAGGGCGGUGCCAAGCGCCACCGGAAGAUUCUCCGUGACAACAUCCAGGGCAUCACCAAGCCCGCCAUCCGGCGUCUGGCCCGCCGUGGCGGUGUCAAGCGUAUCUCUGCCAUGAUCUACGAGGAGACGCGCGGUGUCCUCAAGUCCUUCCUCGAGGGCGUCAUUCGCGACGCGGUCACGUACACCGAGCACGCCAAGCGCAAGACAGUCACGUCGCUCGACGUGGUCUACGCCCUCAAGCGGCAAGGCCGCACCCUCUACGGCUUCGGCGGCUAA